AUGAAACAAUUAAUUUUUGCUGUAUCAAUAUUAUUUGGAGUUUCUUUUUUGAUAAUUUCGGUCUUAUCAGCCUCUGUAAUAUAUGACUGUACAUAUGAAAAAGGUCCGUGUAAGAUUGAUUGGACGAUCAAAGAUCAUAAAUGUGAACAUGAUGGUUGCGGUGAACGGCCAGUUGUACUUGUUUACGACACUAAUAGAAAGAUGCCUAAUUGCUCGGAAUUUCCUGCACCAACUAUUUAUGUGAGACCAGGGCAGCGGAUUCAAGUUUUAGUAAGAAAUGAACUUAAUCAAGUGACUACAAUCCAUUGGCACGGACUUAAUAUGAGGAAUGCGCCAUUUUUUGACGGUACUCCAACUAUAACUCAAUGUCCAAUUCAAGCUGGUAAAUCAUUUCUGUACGAUUUUUAUGCGAAUGAUGAACCUGGUACUCAUUGGUAUCAUUCACAUUAUAAAACUCAGCGACUGGUCGGAUUUUAUGGCUUGUUAAUUAUUAAUGAGACUGAUACUAACUAUAAAGACUAUGUGGAACACAAUAUACUUAUAUCAGAUUUGUAUCACGAAAACGUACAAACUUUAUUAAAUAAAUUCCAAUAUGCGACCAGCGAUUCACCUUAUGGCAGCGUAAAAUAUGAGCCCAUUCCGCACUCAAUUCUUAUUAAUGGCCAAGGCAAAGGAAAUUGUGAAAAAAAUUGUAAUCGUACUGAACACUGUGAAGAAAAUUGCACUGGAACCUGGGAAAUAAAUUGUCUUGAAUCUUGUGAAAAAAUUUGUUAUACUUCAGCCGACACUGGAAUAGUGUACGACUUGUCGAAAGGAGAUAAACAUCGAUUUCGUAUAAUUAACGCCGGCGCGCUAAUAGAAUACCACUUCUCUAUUGAUAAUCAUACAUUACAAAUCAUCGAGAGAUAUUCGGUGGUUGCCACCCGAGACCAAACAGCACAGAACAUAACCAAAUUUUGGAUGCGCAUAGAGACGAGAACCGAUUGCUUUCGGGAAAAUACACCUUGUUGUCAAACGCAAAGAAUGGUUAGAAAAAUUCUAGCGACUGUUAGGUACGAUUCUUCUGAUGGAAAACCAGCUACAAUUCCGAAUGGAUGGAUUGACAGUUGCAAUUUGCGAAGAUGUGAUGGUUUUAAUCUGUCUAUGUUGGCACCAAAAAAUCUAUCAUUAUUACCACCAUCAACAGUAAAUAAAACUUUAUAUUAUACUGUUACCAUGUUAGUAGUUCCUGAUUACAUUGGUUCAGGAGUUUACAACUUGACCACAGUCGGGGAGGAGUAUGUAGGUAAUAACCCCACGGAGUUUGAUGGCCACGAUAUUUUCCGUAAUACAUUGCAAGGUUUAUAUGCUGGUAUAUCUUCUUGGCCACCUACUCAGAAUAUUAUUGAAUUUGAUACAAGAGGCCAAUUAAUUGAACAUGGACAUGUUUUUUGGGUUAUGAAAGUUUCUGAUGAGCGAGUAACCGAAAUUUUCAAAUAUCCGAUUAUGCGUGACACCACAACUAUUCCAGCGAUUGGCUAUGUAGUAAUUCGAUUUGUAACGAAUAACCCUGGAGUUUGGGCUUUCCAUUGCCAUGUCGAUUGGCACAGUGAAGUUGGCAUGUUUGCCCAAUUUCUUGAACUUCCAGAAGAAAUUAAAUUUUUAAAAAAACCAACACCGGCACCAUGGGCGUUAGAGGCUAAUCCGGAUAUAAA